CUCCUGUGCGUGCGUGCGUCCUUGACGCUAGCUAGCUAGCUAGCCAGCAUCGGAAUUAUGGACACAUUGUGCUUCUUGUCGAGGCCAUGCGCCGUCCCAUGAUAAAGGCUUCGUGAUGCCCCCCCGGGAGGACGCACACCGACGAGAGGGAUUCUGGUUUCGAAAGGCUUUCCCGGAGAUUUACUCUUGAUUUUUUCCCCUAUCCCAACGCGUCCCAUAUCAUUCGUUCCCCUCCUCGACGACGAUACAACAACACUUGAUGACGGACGGUAACCAUCUCGGUGCCCCCUCGUCCGUCCGUCCGUCCGUCCGCUAUCCCAUCCGGCCACCGCCACCCUCCUUUGCGAAAGUCACGAGGUGUCAUUCUUCACUCAAUCCGGAACCGCCGCCGUCGAGAAGAAAAAAAGAAGAAAAGCCUCCGGGGGGGAACUGACUAGCCCUACACACACAUACACACACACACAUACACACACACACACACAUAUAUAUACGACAACAACAACAACAACAACAACAGCACCCCGGGAUAUAUAAAAGGGGGAUUAUCAUACGGGUUGCCCGCGUGCCUCUGGUCUAGGUUCAGGAUUGGGUCGACUAUCGGGCGAAAGACAGCCCCUCAGCAGGGUUCGACGUUCCAUUCGACACAGUUGAGCACUUGACCGGCAUCAGCAUCAGCGGGAGGACGACUUGCAGCACCAGACAAUUCGCCAACAAUCGCAUCCAUAUUUGAGCCGCUGCCGGCUGCAGCAUACUCGCAUACGCGUGUGUCAGUGUGAGUGUUGGAUGCAAUACCGACUUACAUCGGACACACGAGUCUCGCCCACCCUUUCACCUCCCCCUGCCCCCCCUGAUCUCUUGGGGCGACGGCAGCUCGGAUGAGCGUGGCCCGCUGGGCCGCUGGGCCCACUGAGGCGCCCCCCGCAGACGGGCAUGGAGUAGUAGGAGGAGGAGGAGGAGGAGGAGGAGGAGGGAGAUACGGAGAUGGAGGGGUCCCAGCAGCAGCAGCAGUGGGAGGAUCAGUUGGGGAAGUUGGAGAUGCCGCGGCGGCCGGGCACGCUAACCAGACUUACACUGCGAUCCUGACCGAGGCAGCCAGUAGCAGCACGACCCCGAGCAGCACGACACCGGCUCCCGCAGCACCAUCUCGCGCCGUCAAGUCCCCCAAGUCUGGUCUGGGGAGGAGGACACGCAGGGGAGCACUGGGGCCAGGCACACGCACAGGGUCUAGCAGCAGCAGCAGCGGUAGUGGGAGUGGAAGCGGUGGGAGUAUCGCUCUUGGUGUUGCUACUGGUGCCGGUGUUGGCACUGGUGUUAGUAGUAGUAGUGGUGGUGGUGGUAGCAGACGCAAGACGUCUUCGCGAAUUAUUAAGACGACGUCCCCUCCGUCUUCUGCGGCCGUAUCCCGGGCCACCUCCGUCUCCCCCGCCUCCACCUCCACCUCUACUACCUCUACCUCUGCUCUCCUCACCUCCCCUCCUCCUUCGGCUGCAACAACAGCUACGAAGACGACGACAACGACGACGACGACGACGACAAGAUCGUCCACCUCGACUCCUGGCCCUGGUCCUGGUCCUGGUCCUGGUCCUGCCAGCCGCAAGGUGUUCCCCAAGAGCAUGGAGCCCCCCGUCGUCUCCUUCUACGGCGCCGAGCCGAUCCCGCUGCCGUCGCGCUUCGCCGGCGUCAAGAAGCGGCUCAUCGCCGGCCACGAGGCGGCGGUCGAGGCGUCGUGGCGUCGUCUGCUCGACGCCAUGCGCGUCGAGAUGGCCGACAUCCAGGCGCGCGGCUCCGAGCUCAUCCCGUCCAUCGCCUUCGCCGACAUCAACGACCCCGUCCGCGUCGAGGCCUUUGCGCACCGGCUCCGGCGCUACGGCGUCGCCGUCAUCCGCGGCGUCGUCUCGCCCGAGGACGCCCGGAGCUGGGUCGGCGAGACGCACGACUACCUCGAGCGCAACCGCGAGUUCAAGCCGCCGGCGCUGCACGACCCGACCUGCAUCGACCUCUUCUGGACGCCGGUCCAGGUGCGCGCCCGCGCCCACCCCAACAUGCUGCGCGCCCAGAAGUUCGCCAUGUCCUUCUGGGAGUCGACCGACGACCUGCACAUCACCCGCGCCCCCGUCAGCUACGCCGACCGCCUGCGCAUCCACAACGACAAGCUCGGCGCCGUCGGCGGCCAGCAGAACGGCAACUCGGCCGCCGACUCCAUCGGCGCCGCCGCCUCCGCCACCGUCAUCGCCCAGAUCGACAGCGGGAGCCUCGAGCGCUGGGAGCCCGACGGCUACGGCCGCGGCGGCACCUACGAGGCCAUCUUCCGCGGCGACUGGGAGUCCUACGACCCCUGGGACCCGGCCGGCCGCGUCGGCGCCACCACCGACCUCUACAACGGCGCCGGCGCCUGCAGCGUCUUCCGCAUGUUCCAGGGCAUCCUCGCCCUCACAAAGGUCGAGCAGGGCAUGGUGCGCGUGCUGCCCUCGCCCAAGCUCGUAGCCGCCUACUUCCUCCUGCGGCCCUUCUUCUCCCCGAGGCGCGGGCCCCCCGAGCAGCCGGACGGCGGUAAAGCCGACCAGUGGGCCGCCUAUCUCGACGCCUCCAACUGGGCCCUCGACCCGGAGCCAAACACCAUCAUCCAUGGCGCCGUCCCCGGACACGCUCAGCGCCUCACCGAGCGCUGGCACCCGCACCUGCACCUCCGCCGGAGCCUCGUCUCCCUGCCCAGCAUGCAGGCCGGCGACUACGUAAUCUGGCACUGCGACCAGGCCUACUCCAUCAUCACCGGCGGCACCCGCCUCGGCGUGCCCCCCUCGCUGCAGAACGAGUCGACCGAGCUCUCCCUGCUGACCUACACCCCCGUGUGCCCCCUGACCCAGACCAACGCCCUCUUCCUCGCCCGCCAGCGCAAGGCCUUCCAGACCGGACAGCCGGGGCCCGACUUUGACACCCUCGGCGGCCUGGGCAGCGAGGCCUCGCACCAGGACCGGCCCAGCGCCAAGGAAGUCGAGGAGUACGGCGGCGUCGACGGCCUGCGCGCCAUGGGCCUGGCCCCCUACGACGUCGAGCCGGCGGGGGUGUUGCCGCCCAAGCACAGCCAUCAUCAUCCCCACCAUCACCAUCACCGUUACGACGCGGACGACGCCAUGGAUAUCGACGUCGACGCGGACGACGAGGAGGGCAUCAGGAACAAGACAAAGACCGAGGCCGAGACGGAGCUGCUGCGGCUCGCCAACAUCAUCCUGUUCCCGAGCCGCUACGACUUUUAUAUCCCGACCAGCGGCACGCGGAGUAGCGGCGACCGUACUCCGCGCGCGACGGCGGCGACAGCGACAGCAACAGCGACGGCGAAGACGGGGUCUGCGGGCACGACGCCCAAGACGACCGUGAACGGUAAUAAGAGCUGACGGCGUU